CAAAAAAUGGAAAAUUUAACUUUUUAAAGCUAAUUUCUUAUUAAUUAUAUGAUUCCAAAAAAUAGUGGGAAGAACAUAUAAAAUUACCGGCUAUUUACGAAUGAAUUGUAGCGGUUUUGUUUUGGAAACAAAUUGGAAACGGGAUUUUUGUAUAACUAGUUAUGAUAAAACUAACUAAUUUCUUUUAUCUGUGAAUAUAACCUAUAAAUACUAUAAAAGUUUAAAAACGUAAAAUAUUUUGGACAUGUUUAAAAAACCGAUUAGAAUCAAAAGUAAUAACCCGGUAAAAGGCUCUGAACGUAAGAGUUUUAAGGACAAAGUUUGCGCUAGUUUCAAGACUUUUACCGAAGCUCAAGCAAACGAUUUGCUUCAUAAGAAAGAAGUUUUGUAUUGUGCCAAAGUUGUGACCCACAAGGAUGAAGUCGUACAGUUAUUUGUGGUUAAUAAAGUACCUUUUUUUUUUAGUGUUGGGGAGAAAUUGUUUCCCACCAUUUAUUUAUUAUGGAAGUAUCCAGAUUUGAUAUAUUCUUUCACCACCCAUCCUCAAGUAUUUAAUUUCAUAACUUCUGGGGCUGACCUCAUGUUGCCAGGUAUUAUAACUCCACCAUUGAGUUCCGGAAUAUCAAAAUAUGGGCAUGUAUCAGAAGGAUCUGUUGUUUCUGUUAAUUUGUCAAACAAUAAAGCUCCUAUAGCUGUUGGAGUAGCUUGUCAGGAUUCAGAUUCGAUGAUUCGUUCUCACGGAAGAGGCAAAUGUGUAACAAUAUACCAUUUUUAUGGAGAUAACCUAUGUGUAUUUAAUGGCAUAUCCAGUAUUCCAAUUCCCAACAUGGGAACUCAGGAAUGGUUGUCACUAAGUAAUUAUAAUGAAGAUUUUCCACAACUUUCUGCAGACAGAAAAAAAUCUGAAUAUGUGGACAAAGAAAAACUUCAAGAUAACACAAAUGGAGAAGUUACUUUAGACAAAGCAAAGAUCGAUCUCGAUGGUGAAGAACACUCACAUGAAGAGGAAAAACCAAAUCACUCCAAGUUAAAUAAUGACACAGCUCUGUCAGAUGAUCUACUUAAUUAUUGCUUCUUGUGUGCUAUUAAAUAUUCCAAAAAUCUUAACUUGCCAAUUCUAGUUUCUAAUUUUUAUAAACUCCAAAUGCUUCCCUCUUGCCCACCUGACAAAGUUUUGGAUAUAAAGCAAUCUUCAUACAAAAAGCUAAAGCCAUUCAUAGAUGAAAUGUGUAAGUUAGGAUUGAUAACAGUGAAGGAAAUAAAAAAAGGUGUUGAAGCUAUAACAGAAAUUAAUAAGAAUCACCCAAAAUUUAAUGAAUUUUAUAUCAAUCCCGUUAAUAGGCCAAAAGAGAAAACUACCAAUGACUUGGGCAUAAAAGAACCUCAUAUUAGUGAGUCCUAUAUAGUUACACAAAAUGUACUGCCUUUAUUUCAACAGGCCGGUUAUAGAAAGGGAGAUACUAUUCAGGGUUCUACUGUGAGAAUGUGUGUCACAGAUUAUAUUAAGAAAUACCAAUGCCAGGAUUUGGAAAACACUAAUCUAGUAAAGCCUAAAGAGGUUCUACAAAUAAUUUGUAGGACCGAAAGUGCUAUUACCUGGGAAGAAGUAUUUGAAAGGGUCUGUGAUUCCAUGAAAAACUGUUUCAAAGUUGUUAGUGGCAAUGAACAAAUUUUCAAUAAAGGCAAAAUAUCUCCUAUUACAAUGAAUGUAAGUGUGAGAUCGUACAACAAAAAAGUAACUUUAGUUGACAAUUUGGAACUGUUUGGUAUCAAUGUAAAUGAAUUUUCAAAAGAAUGUCAGCAUGGAGUCGCAGCCAGCACAACUAUAAUUUCAAAAACUCCAGGAAAGAAAUCUGAUCAACUGCUUGUACAAGGAAACCAAGUCAUAUUUAUUCAUAACUUACUAGUUGAUAAAUAUAAAAUUCCUAAAAAGUUUGUAAAAGGUCUAGAAAAUGCACCAAAAAGAAAGAAAUAAAAUCUAGUAUAUUAAUUGUGUUUCUUAUAAAACAUUAAUUUGUAAUUACUUUAUUUUUAAAUGGGG